AUGGAAAUCGACAUCAAGGGCCUUUGCCGUCUGGAACAUGACCUGAAAGCCGGAGAAAUCAGCGCAGCGUCGCCUGUGGAACGAGACGCCAUGGUGAAUCUGCUCAAAUACCUUCAGAUCGAAACUGUACACCAGUUUGAGACAGCGUACGACCGUCGAUGCUUCGAGCUCGACAAGGAUGGAGGGUUAACAUGUCUUCGCAGCAUCGCCCCGAUUCGGUCGGCGGACCGCCAACAACCCAAAGUCUGCUUGGAGCUGCAAGACGGCGAUGAGGAAGCUCAACUAGCACGACAGCUCGUCCAAGACGUGGCCAACGACUUGGAAGGGUGCGAGCUUAAAUGCGUGGAAGUCAACUCGUCGGAAAGCCCAACUCGGAAGGCGAAAUCGUCCUAUGGCGGGAACGUCCGCAUGCUUUCGGACAUGACUCGUGUUUCCGUGAUCUGCGACAAACCCGAAGACCUCGCACGGGCUUUCUCAGAUAUCCUGGGACGUCUCCAGGUCAGAAACACACACAGGCUAGCAAACCGCCUCGAAUCUGAAGCUGGUGCCGACGGCUACCGAGAUGUGAAAGUGAACCCAGUUGUGAACGAGUAUGUAUGUGAGAUUCAGCGACAGCUCCGCCAGUUCUACGAGUUGAAGCACGACCAACACGCAAUGUACGAGUGGGCGCGGGAGCUCAGCGUAGGUGCGAAAUUGGAAGAAGAACAGCUUAUCGAGGACCUAUCUCGAGAGGUUACGGAGGAGAUGAUCCGCUUCGCUCAGAAGAACUGGCAGUGGGACUGGGUACUGCCUGGUGGAUUUGCAGACCAUGGCAGGACAGUAUGCCAAGGCUGA